CGUCUUAGAACUAUGCUAGAAAGCUGUGUAGCCGAGCUACUGUUAAAAUGUCGAUACAAGGCACGAAAUACUUUAAUUCAUUAUCUUCUAUAACUGAAUACUUCGCUAACAAGGUAUAUGGUCGCUUCUAGCUUCCUAUUCUAUUGCCUGGGUCUAAGUAGAAAUAUGCUACGGCAAGUAUUACAGUAACACUAGCGCACUUUCCAGAUUUCGGCCUACCUUACAUGUUCACGCAUGCGCAGCAUAUUGAUACUUCCUGGUUUUAAAAUUGCAGGCGGAGUGGAUCGUCUCUUAGGUCUAGGAGUCGAUUGAAAUAUUGCAGAGGUGUGAGUAAAGUACAUGGACAAAUUAAUCAAGAAGACACCAAAUUAGCAUGUCAGAAUAUUGUAGCAAAUUGGCAUAAUGUCGCGCAUUUGCUGAUUGUUGUUGUCUGGGACAUGCUGGCCUGAAAUGCCGCUACUGCCUCCUCGUUGUGCCUGAUUCUGACGGGUCGACCGACCGCCGCCAUGGGUCAUCACUUCGCUCCUGUUACCAGCCUCAUCGCGCUGGUAAGCACCGUCCUCCUGCUGUCGGCUUCUGUUCAUGGCUCCCAGGGCGACAAGGAACCAGUGUACCGGGACUGCGUGAAGCAGUGUGUCCGGACCAACUGUACCGGGGACCGGCUACGUGGUUUCCAGUCCACCCAGCCUCCUUACAUGGCGUUGACAGGUUGGACGUGUCGUGAUGACUGUCGCUACCAGUGCAUGUGGACUACAGUGGGCCUCUAUCAGGCAGAGGGCUACAGAGUGCCACAGUUCCAUGGCAAAUGGCCGUUUACGCGGUUCCUGUGUUUUGAGGAGCCGGCCUCUGCGCUGGCGUCGCUGCUCAACGGCCUGGCCUGCCUCCUGAUGCUGCUGCGCUACCGGAGCACCGUGCCGCGCCAGAGCCCCAUGUACCACACCAUCAAUGCCUUCUCACUGGUCUCUCUCAAUGCUUGGUUCUGGUCUACAGUGUUCCACACCCGAGACACAUACCUAACAGAGAAGAUGGACUACUUCUGUGCAUCAGCGGUCAUCCUGUACUCCAUCUACAUGUGCUGUGUCAGGACGCUGGGCUUGCGUAGGCCAGGGGUUUCCAGUAUGGUGGGGGCGCUGCUCAUCCUGGUGUUCACCUCCCACGUGUCCUAUCUCACCUUCAUCAGUUUCGACUACGGAUACAACAUGGCCGCCAACACCACCAUCGGUAUGGUGAACCUGCUGUGGUGGUUGUGCUGGUGUUGGCAGAACCGGCGCACGCUGCCGUACUGGUGGAAGUGCGGCGUGGUGGUGAUGCUGCUGCACGGCUUGGCGCUGCUGGAGCUGCUGGACUUCCCCCCGCUGUACUGGGUGCUGGAUGCCCACGCCGCUUGGCACCUCAGCACCGUGCCCGUCCACUUCCUCUUCUACAGUUUCCUGAUUGACGACAGUCUGCACCUCCUCAACACAGAGAAGACAGGAGUCAAGCUAGAGUAGGAGGAGUAUACACCGGCACCCCGCCCCCUUCGCACACACACCCAAUCAGGCAAGCGGAUGCCGGGGUGGGAGGCGCCUCUAUCUCCGUGGCGACCUGCAUGACACUCCUCUCAACCAAAAUAUCCUGAGAAUUCUUCUCCUUCAACUCAUGCCAUUCUGCUCGGGAAGAAGAAGAAAAAAAUGAAUCUUUUUUUUUUUGUUUUAGUUUUUUUUUCUCUCACAUAUUUAGGUUUGUGUUUUCUUUUGUAUUUUCAGUUUGAAACUUGAUUGAUGUUUGCAUUCACUGAGCUUUGCCUUGAAGUAGAUUAGUUUGAGGCUUUUUUGUUUUGUUUACUUGCUACUUGUUUUCACAUAUCACAGACCUUACUCAUGUCACCACUGCAUCAGACACAGGUAUAGGUUUACGCAACCACCAACUCCCUCAGUCUCUUAUGGUCAGAUCUAUCUAUCGUGGGGGUGGGGGGGGGGGGCAUUCCGGUUGUGUGAAUUCCAGCUGGAAGGCCUUGAGGUUUUGGUUAGAGCAUUCCCUGUGAACUCAUGACACAGUGAGGAAUUUUUGCUGUUAUCUUGUGAUUUUCUCCCCUCCACUCGAGGACCCGUCUUUUGCCACAGCACGUUCAGUAGCACUCCCAGAAUCAGACAGCAGAGGGCAGCAAAGCACCCACACAAGGCUAUGAGGCCUGUUUCAUUAUACUUAGCGCACUUGUAGCUGUCUGUAGUACAGGGAUGCUUAUAUGCUAACAGUUAGCCAUUCCACAGUGGUCUGUCGCUGAUACAGUGCUAAUGGGGCCCAGGUUUGGAGGACUUGGGGUGUAUCUAUUUAAGCAGUAAAGGUUAGGAAGUGUUCUUCAGCAUAUAUGAGCUUUACCACUUCACCACUUAUUCCUUAUGUUUUCUGUAUGAUAUGAUUUUUCUUUUUUAUUAUUUUAAUUACUUCUGAUGGCUGCUUGCUUUUCUCAUGUUUACGACUCAGUUGUUGAGUGAUGUCAUGUUUGAUGUUUUGACCACAGUGUGCUUUGUCUCCUAUGUUCUGGAUUAAGUUUCAGCUUUUCGGUUUUUCUUUUCUUGUGGGGAUUGUGUUGUGUGUGUGUGACACAGUCUUACUUAUGUUUGCGUACCAGGUUUGCCUUUUCUAGCAAAGGGGUGGAAUGAAGAAGACCCGGAUAGUAUUUGGCUCCUACGGCCCUAAUGCAGGCCUGAUGUGGGCCUGAUGUGGGCCUAAUGCAGGCCUGAUGUGGGUCUGAUGUGGGCCUAAUGCAGGCCUGAUGUGGGCCUGAUG